UAAAAAGUCCUGGUAUAAUCAGGUUACGAGGUCGAACCCGCUUCCAAUUUCCAGAGACGCCUGCUCGACUCACAUCUACAGCGGCUGCUCCUUCUUCUUCUUCUUCUUCUUCUUCAGCGGCACAUAGGAAAAGCUUCUUCACCAAUCAACAAUGGCGGACGACGAUUACAACGAAAUGGAUAUGGGGUAUGAGGAUGAGCCAGUGGAGCCAGAGAUUGAAGAAGGUGCAGAGGAGGAAGAUGUAGAGAACGCAAAUAAUGAUGAUCUUCCAGGAGAAGCCGUUGAAGCUGAUGACAAAGAAGAACAAGCACCCGUGGAACGGCCUCGGAGAACAUCCAAAUUUAUGACCAAAUAUGAACGUGCCAGAAUCUUGGGUACCCGUGCUGUGCAGAUCAGCAUGAAUGCGCCUGUGAUGGUUGAGUUGCAGGGUGAGACUGAUCCACUUGAGAUUGCUAUGAAGGAGCUUCGUGAGCGGAAGGUACCCUUCACCAUACGCCGGUAUCUGCCUGAUGGAAGUUAUGAAGAUUGGGGAGUAGAUGAGUUGAUUGUGGAAGACUCGUGGAAGAGGCAGGUGGGAGGCAAUUGAUCAUUUAUGCAUGAAGAAUGGUUUCCGAUGUCAGUUUAUUUUCUCUAUGAAUGUCCAGAUGUGCAUUUGUGGACUUGUAACAUUUUGGCACUGAUCCUACAAACUUACAUGUUAAAACACCAUUUGUAUCAUUUUUUUGUUUUUGUAAAUCUGUUGAAACACUGUUGCAGGCAUCUGAAAUGUAGUUGAUUAAUGGCUUUUUGCAA